AAUCAGCAUUCUCCGUAAGCUGAAGUGAGAACAUAUUAUACGAGAGAAACAGAGAUAGAAUUAUAAGAGAGAAGAAGAGAGGAAUCGUUCAGAAAGAGAGAGAGUCAUCGUGUUUGGUCACUAGGGCCCGCGAGUUGGCCGCGAUGCCACAUCGACGUGCAAUAUCGAGCAGAGAACAUCAGUGAAACCACACACUCCUUUUCCUGUUAAACCUGCGAACCCAACAGAGAGAGAAAGAGAACGAGGAACGGGAGAGAGAGAGAGAGAGAGAGAGAGGGAGAGUAGAAGAAGAGAGGAGAGUGAAGAGGGAAAGAGAAAGUGAGAGAGAUAGAAAGAAAAUUGUUUUUGAAAAAAAGUGAGGCAACAAGUAUUUCGAAGACUAAUUUUUGUCGUGACUGACAUUUUUGUUUUUUUCCUAUCUAUAAUUGUUAUUUAACGAUCACGGUGUAUAUUUUGUGAUAAAUAUAUCUAAUGGAAAAUAUAUCUUGAGAUAUAAGUGAGACAUUUAUAUAUAUAUAUCUAUAUGUAUAUGUAAGAAAUAUUUCUUUUGUAAAAGUUUGAUAAAGGAUAAUUAUUACGAGAGUAAGUAUAAUCGUAAUUGAUUGAAAAAAUUAGAGAUCUCUGGGUAUAAUAAUAAUUAAAUAAAUAUGACGUUGAAUCGUAAGAAAGAAUCGACAAAUACGGGAAGAAAAGAUUCCGGGGAAAGGAAGACGAUUAUGUCUACGAAUAAUAGUCGAAAUAAUACAGGAGAGAUGGCAUCUACGAGUGUUGUUGAAACAGUGGUAUCAUCUAGCAGCGUCCUUGAAGAAGCUCAAAGUUUUGUCGAGAGGGAAUCUAGAAGUAGUGUAAUUGAAAGUAGCAAUACCAGUCGGGAAGUUAUCAUGGAUUCUAAAGGUAAUGUAAUACGCGUGAUCGAAAGUUCAACACCGAUUCAAAAAUCUGGAAGGAGUAAUUUGACACAGAGGAAUGGUCAAACAUCAGAGGAUUUUUUAAUUCAGGAAAAGUUAUCCCUAAAACAACAGCAACAGCAACCGCAACAGCAACGUGGUCAUACUACUAUUGUUCAAGACAAAAGAUCCGAAAUGAUGUCAUCCUCAUCGAGUAGUCAAAUAUUUGAGACAAGUAGCAGUUCAUUGGAUCAAUGUGGUGUACAAGUGUCAUCCUCGACUAAUUCGAUCGAGACUAAACAAAUGAAUCAACAAUCUAAAGAAGAAAUAACGAAAAAUGGUGAGACCGUGAGCAACGUUAAAAGUAUACAAGAAUCCGCACAAAUGAUCGACGACAAUGGCAAAGUAUUGUCGUCUAAAAGUAGAAACGUAGAACACGAGACGACGAAAUUUUUACCGGCCGAACAACAACAGCGUUCACGUGUCGUACAAUUUAUCGAUGACGCCAGGGAAACGGGUGAAAGUGUUAGCCUUGAUAUUACGAACAAAUCAGGACGUUCAACAACCGUUUGGGACGGUACUUUUACGUACGAGGAACAAAGUUCACCGAGUCGAAUUCGUAAAAGUCAAGAAGACAUGCACGGCAAAAUGUUGGAUCGAACGAUCGACGAAAGAGUUGAUGCUGCUACCGGCAUUGAAAUCACCAACGGGUCAACCUCAAAUACGAUUAUUAAACAACACACUUCCCAGGAUACUUCGAAAUUAUCUAGCAGUAGUAGUAACACUGAUAUACGUCGUCAAAAACUUGGUGAUUCCACUUGGGAUGGUCGUUUCGUUUACGAGAAACCCAUUCAAACUAAAAGAAAAGGCAACGUAUCUGACAGCAGUGUUUUUAGGCAUGGCAAUCAGGACGAUAUCAUUGAAUCCACUCAACGCAGUGAUUACAAAGAAAAAUCAUUAGACGGUACGUAUGAAAAGGAAUCGUCCGAUGUCGUUAAUAUUCGGGAAGGUUCGACCGACACGUCGAAAUUUAUUUCGCAAGAAAAAAUCAGUAGCUCGAAGGAAUCACAAAUUUCUAUCGGCGAAUCGAAAUUAUUGAGACCCGGGGAUUCGAAUAAAAAUCUUCAAUUUGAUAAGCAACAACAAGGGAUCGAUAAAAUGAUCAGGCGAAGCGACAAACGUGACGUUGUCGAUGUUCAAGAUAUUUCGGAAGAACAAAAAAACGUUUCUAACGUGUCCGAAUACGUUUCAACAUCUUACGUUGUCGAAUAUGCUUCUUCUAGCGAUACUAAAAACGUCGAAUUGGUAAGUUCGGUAUCGGAAACGAUUCACGAAGAAGACGAAAAUAUUUCAAGAUCGGCAAUGAAAAAGGAUCGCAGUUACAAGCCAGGUGAAUCCACUUGGGAUGGUAGUUUCGUUUACGAAAAAUUGCCAUCUAAAGUGGAUCGUCACAGAAGAAGACCAACAAUGGACGAGACAUUUGUGAUUCGCGACGUGACUGAAGAUCAUUCGAUCAACGAGGCUGAUAUCUCAACGACGUCUUACAUAGUUGAACAUUCCUCGAGUCAACAAAGUUUCACUGACAUUAAGGACACGUCAUCGAUAGAAACCAUAGUUCAUCAGGUUCCACAAAAGUUCGUUGACAAGCCUGGUUCGUCGAGUUGGGAUGGUACAUUCGUAUUAGAAAAAUCGGAAGAUAUUAAAAAACAAGGAACGAAUAAAAUUGAAGAGAAGUACAGUGACGUAUCGAAAGUAGGGGAUAGCAGUAAAGUUAAUAUUUCAUUGGUAGACAGACCUAGGAAACAUGUGAGCGACGUUACUAUCGAUAUUCACGAUAAGACAUCCAACGAGACGUUUAACAACACGCUAACGCAACAAGAACACGUGGAAGAAACGUUAGAACGCAAGAUAAGUAGCCAUGACACUUACUACGACUCUUCCAACCUCGAUUUCUCUUCUACUUCCGUCGAAACGGUUGUCUUUAGAGAUGGACAACAACCAAACUUAAAGUCUAACGUUCAACGAACUAUCACGUUUGAGGAUAGACCUGAAACACCUGACACUGGAAGAAGACGUAUUACUGAAGGAUCCAACGAAUCAUUGCAUGUUCAAGAUAGAACUUAUCGACCUACCAAACCGGGUUCGUCCACUUGGGAUGGUUCAUUCGUUUAUGAAAAAUUCGAUGACAAAAAAACAAGUUCGAUUGUCACGAAGGAUACUCAAAACUUGACCAGUUCAAUUGAAAUCAACAAAACUAGUUCGACUAACGAAAUUAUUGACUCCUCGAAGACAAGAGAAGAUAUUAUUGACGAAAGAAGACACGUCAAACAAAUUCAAAGACCCCAAAGUCCAACAGAUAAAUUGACUCGUUCCUCGAAACCUGCUGACUCAACUUGGGAUGGUUCUUUCGUUUAUGACAAGACACCAACGACUUCAGUAACUUUGAAAGAUGUCUCUACAGAUUUGACCAGUUCAACGCAAGUUCGUACUUCAACGAGUGAAAUUAUUGAUUCGUCUAAGACGAUUCAUGAUAUUUCGGAUAAAACGAUAUUAAUUAAGGAAUCAAAAGGACCCGAUGACGCAGACAAAAGACCACAAAGUCCUGAAAAGAAAGACAGAUCUAUUCGACCAUCCAAACCUGGUGCAUCCACUUGGGAUGGUUCGUUCGUUUACGAAAAGCCGCAGGAUUUGAAAAAGAAACCAACGGACACUGACAAAUCUUUCUCUCCUUCUUCUCCCGAUCGCAAAAAAUCUGAAGAUGUCAAAGAUAAACCUACUUCUCGGGCACCAGUUGAUCAGCCAAUCGAAAAGACAACAAUUUCAACAUUCGUUGAAGAUUUUCGCGAUGUCCAGGAUACCAUUGAUGUCACUGAUUUUACUACCUUCAAAUCAGAUUUCAAGGAUAUCAGAAACGUCAGUGACGUAACUGAUGUUACUACGUUUAAAUCGGAUGUACAGAAUAUUAGCGAGGAACGUGUCAUCAACGAGUUUAUUACGGAUAUUCGCAAGGACACUUUGAGAGAUGUCACUAAAUCAACGAAAGAAUUUAUCGACACAGAGCAGGUGACUAGUAUGGUAGCUCGAGAUGUCGUCGACGACACUCGAUACGAGAAGAUCACCAGCUCAACUCCUAAAUCAACGACCGAUUCAACGAGAAAAACUUCUCCGGAAAGACUUGGUUAUCCCCAAGGAAUACCAGGAAUUCGGGAAGACGAUCGAACGAAACCAAUUCCAGCUGCUGGAAAACCAUCUCGUCCACAGCAACCUGAAAAAACUCAAACAGAUGAUUUCAAAAAGCCCGAUGGAAAAGUGCGAGAUUACGUGUCACCAACAAGAAAACAGCAACCAAUACCAGCAGCUGGUAAACCAAGUAGACCGAAAGAGAGAUCACCGAGUCCAGAUAAGUCUGAAAAAGUUGUUAAAUUGUUGAUUCGUCCAGAGGAUGAUAAACCAAUUGAAGAUAGACCCAGUUGGCCAGAGGAUAGACCAGCAGCAGGGAAACCAAGUCGUCCUGAUGAAAAACCAGCUGCAGGAAGGCCAAGUCGAUCUGAUGAAAAACCAGCUGGAAGAAAACCCAGUCAUCAUGAUGAGCCUGAUGAAAGAAUAAUUGAUGACAAACCUAGUUAUCCUGGUGAAAGACCAGCUGCAGGAAAACCAAGUCGUCCUAAACCAAGUCAUCUUGAUGAACCUGAUGAAAGAGUAGUCGAAGACAAGCCCAGCUAUCCUGAUUCUAGACCAGCUGCUGGAAAACCCAGUCGUUCCGAUGAUAAACCAACUGUUCCACUGAAACCCAGUCAUUUAGAAGAAAAGCCAGGAAAACCAAGACGCGGUGAUCAAACUCCGGACUCUUUAGAUGAAUCUGAAAUAACACCAACACCAUCGGAAAUUAUUUCACGUAUUCCAUUGAAGGAACAGUGCAUUUGUGAACUCUGUACUUGUGGACGUCAUCGUUGUCCACACAAUUUACCCCAAGAUCAUUUAGAAAUCCCACGGGAUGAACCAGUGUAUAUAGUUAGUUCGUAUAGGGAAGAAUUUGAUGAGAAACACGUAGAGAGACAACACAGAUACCAUCAUGAAGAUCACCUCCACAUGGAAGGUGAAUUUGUAGGAGAGAGACGUAGCGAUUACGUGGCCACUUAUGGUGAGAGAGCACCUGUAAGGAAACCGCAAGACCAUCUGAAACCCGAGGGUGAGUUUAUUGGAAGGCCAAAGAUAGAAGCACCAACCAGAGGUGAAAGGGCACCAACCAGAAAACCACAGGACAAUCUUAAACCAGAAGGUGAAUUUAUUGGAAGACCGGACGAGGAAACUCCUAAGUAUGGCGAACGUGCUCCAGUUGUCAAACCAAAAGACAAUCUCAGACCUGAGGGUGAUUUUGAAAGUUUGACUACAACAGAGCUGGUGUUUACCGGGGUACCCGGCGAACGUCCAAGCCCAGUACGUCGAAACACAUACACCAAGCUUGAGGGUGAAUUCUUAGAUGAAACAACAACUAGAUCAGAGUUUAUUGAUCAUCGUACUAUCCAACGCGCUGAAAUUAUUAGACGUACGGAUAACCUCACCGUAGGAGAGGGUGAAUUCACGGGGACCUCCCACUUGAAAGAGGAUUUCCAUAAAUACGAUGUCGUUGAACGGGAACCUAGACGUCAUCGUCCAGUUUACACAGAAGAGGAUGAUAGAUUUUAUAAUAAAACUGAAUUACUCGAGAGUACAACAACUACGCAUGAAGAAUAUAAAACAUUUGACGAAACUGAUUAUCUGAAUACUACUUAUAUAAGACGUGAUGAUAAUUUAAGACCGGAAGGACCGUUUGAUGGGGUGUCACACGUUAAGGAUGAUUAUAUUGUACCAGCAAUAACUCAUAGACCUGAACAGAAAAGACCUAAGGAUAACUUGAGACCGGAGGGACCUUUUGAGGGACGUCCAAGGGAUGAUUAUUCACCAAAACGUGCUGAGAGACCAGAAGUUAAAAAAGAUAAUUUACGACCAGAAGGACCAUUCGAAGGGAGACCUAGGGACGAUUAUAAGCCAACUCGUGGUGAUAGAGCUGAUGUGAAGCGUCCAGAAGAUAAUUUGAGAUCAGAAGGACCAUUUGAGGGACGCCCUAAGGAUGAUUAUAGUCCAAAACGUGCGGAAAGGCCAGAAGUUAAGAGGCCUGAGGAUAAUUUAAGACCAGAAGGGCCCUUUGAAGGACGUCCAAAAGAUGAUUACGGUCCAAAGCGUGCUGAAAAACCAGAAGUCAAGCGUCCAGAAGACAACUUAAGACCCGAGGGCUUAUUUGAAGGGAGACCUAGGGACGAUUAUAAACCAACUCGUGGUGACAGAGCUGAUGUGAAACGUCCAGAAGAUAAUUUGAGACCAGAAGGGCCAUUCGAAGGAAGACCUAAAGAUGAUUAUUCACCAAAACGUGCUGAGAGACCAGAAGUUAAAAGACCCGAAGAUAAUUUGAGACCUGAGGGUGUAUAUUACAUGCCAACCAGAGGCGAGAGAGCUGAUGUUAAAAGACCAGAAGAUAAUUUAAGACCUGAAGGACCAUUUGAGGGAAGGCCGAAAGAUGAUUACAGUCCAAAACGUGCGGAAAGACCAGAAGUUAAGAAGCCUGAGGAUAAUUUAAGACCAGAAGGGCUCUUUGAAGGACGUCCAAAAGAUGAUUACGGUCCAAAGCGUGCUGAAAAACCAGAAGUMAAGCGUCCAGAAGACAACUUGAGACCCGAGGGUGUAUUCGAAGGGAAACCUAGGGACGAUUAUAAACCAACUCGUGGUGACAGAGCUGAUGUGAAACGUCCAGAAGAUAAUUUAAGACCGGAAGGUCCAUUUGAGGGUCGUCCAAAAGAUGAUUAUUCACCGAAACGCACAGAAAGRCCUAAAGUAAUACGCCCUGAAGAUAAUUUACGGCCAGAAGGUGAUUUUGAAAGACCGGAAAAAUCCCCAGUUGGUCCAGCUGAACGUCGUUCGCCAAUCAAACACCCGGACAAUCUUAAACCCGAGGGUGACUUCACUGGUAGACCCAGAGAUGAUUUUAGACCAACGAAAGGCGAACGAGCUGACGUCAAAAGACCAGAAGAUAAUCUCAAACCUGAAGGUCCCUUCGAAGGCCGUCCAAAAGACGAUUAUGUUCCAGUUCGCGCUGAUCGUCCUGACAUUGUCAAACGCACCGAUAAUCUUCGGAUGGAAGGAGACAUUGAAACCUACAGGUCUCGUGACGAUUACACUGAUUUCCUUAUCCGUGAACGAGUUGAAGUUACAAAAUACGAGGACAAUCUUCGUAUGGAAGGUGUGUUCACUGAUACCAGAACCAGAGACGAUUUCAAAGUGGUCAGAGGUGAUCGAGCAGAUAUCAUACGUCACCCGGAUAAUCUCAAAUCCGAAGGACCAUUCGAAGGCCGUCCCAAGGAUGAUUACUCACCGAAAAAAGCUUCGCGUCCGGAGAUAAAAAGGCCGGAAGAUAAUUUGAGACCGGAAGGGCCAUUUGAGGGAAGACCUAAGGAUGAUUAUUCACCUAAACGUGCUGAGAGACCAGAAGUUAAAAGACCUGAAGAUAAUUUGAGACCGGAAGGGCCAUUUGAGGGAAGACCUAAGGAUGAUUAUUCACCUAAACGUGCUGAGAGACCAGAAGUUAAAAGACCUGAAGAUAAUUUGAGACCGGAAGGUGAUUUUAUUGGUCGUCCGAAAGAAGAAGUACCUAAACGUGGCGAGAGAGCUGACGUCAAAAGACCAAAAGACAAUCUACAUCCAGAAGGUGAUUUCGAUAGGCCGGAAAAAGUUCCAAUGGGUCCGAGCGAAAGAAGAUCUCCCAUCAAACAUCCGGACAAUCUUAAGCCCGAAGGUGAAUUUUUAUCGAGACCUAAAGAAGAGGCGCCAACAAAAGGUGACAGAGCUGACAUCAAAAGACCAAAGGACAAUCUAUAUCCAGAAGGUGAUUUCGAUAGGCCGGAAAAAGUUCCAAUUGGUCCGAGCGAAAGAAGAUCUCCCAUCAAACAUCCGGACAAUCUCAAACCCGAAGGUGAAUUUGUAUCGAGACCUAAAGAAAAGACACCAACGAAAGGUGAUAGAGCUGAAGUUAAAAGACCAAAGGAUAACCUCCAUCCAGAGGGUGAUUUCGAACGUCCUGAACAUGAAGAAUUUAGGCCAGCAGAGAGACCAGAGAUAAAGAAACCUAAAGAUAAUCUUAAACCUGAAGGCGAAUUUGAUAGACCACAGGUAAAGAAGUUUGGUCCUGCUGAAAAGAGGACACCAAUUAAACAUCCUGAUAAUUUGAAACCGGAAGGUGAUUUCCAAGGUAAACCUAUGGAAGAUACACCGAAACGCGGGGAAAGAGCUGACGUUAAGAAACCCAAAGACAAUUUACGCCCGGAAGGUGAAUUCGAUAGACCCGUCAAGUCUCCAGUCAAACCAGCCGAAAAACGUACGCCUAUCAAACAUCCGGAUAAUCUUAAACCCGAAGGAGAUUUUAUUGGUCGACCUAAGGAUGAUUUUAAACCUACCAAAGGUGAACGUGCUGAUGUUAAAAAACCUGAGGAUCAUCUUAAACCCGAAGGUCCGUUCGAAGGUCGUCCUAAAGAUGACUAUGUAACAAUUCGUGGUGAACGGGUGGACGUUGUAAAACGUACCGAUAAUCUUCGAAUGGAAGGAGACAUAGAAACCUACAGAUCUCGCGACGAGUACACUGAUUUUAUGAUACGCGAACGUGCCGAGGUUGUCAAGUAUCAGGAUAAUCUACGUAUGGAAGGUGAAUUCACCGAUGUAAGAACCAGAGACGAUUUCAAAGUUGUCAGAGGUGAACGAGUAGACAUUGUCAGGCACGAAGAUAAUCUGAGAAUCGAGGGUCCCUUCGAAGGUCGGCCUAAGGAUGAUUAUUCGCCAAAGAGAGUGACCAGACCGGAGAUCAAGAAACCGGAAGAUAAUUUGAAACCUGAAGGGGAAUUUGAGAGACCCGAGAAGGAAUCGGUUGGACCAGCUGAACGUAGAUCACCCAUUAAACACGAUGACAAUUUGAAGCCCGAAGGUGAAUUUAUUGGUCGUCCAAAAGAACAGGUACCUAAGAAAGGUGAACGCGCUGACGUAAAGAAACCGAAAGAUAAUUUGAAACCAGAAGGAGACUUCGAAAGGCCUGAGAAGAAGCCUGUUGGCCCGGCCGAAAGAAGAUCACCAAUAAAACACGCUGAUAAUUUGAAACUAGAAGGUGAUUUUGUUCAAAGACCGAAAGAAGUAAAACCUGGCAAAGGUGAUCGCGCUGUUAUUAAAAAACCGAAAGACAAUUUGAAAUCGGAAGGUGAAUUUGACAGACCAGAGAAAACAGUUGUUGGGCCUGCCGAAAGAAGGACACCGAUAAAACAUCCGGACAAUUUACGUCCCGAGGGUGAAUUCGUAGGUCGUCCCAAAGAUAAAACACCUGGUAAAGGUGAAAGAGCCGAUGUCACGAGACCCAAAGACAACCUUCGUCCUGAAGGAACAUUCGAGAGACCGGAAAAAAGUCCAGUCGGUCCAGCCGAAAGACGUACGCCUAUCAAACACGAAGACAAUCUUCAUCCCGAAGGUGAAUUCGUUGGUAGACCUAAGGAUGAUUUUACGCCGAAACGUGCCGAACGUCCUGUUCAAAAGAGACCGAAAGACAAUCUCAAACCGGAAGGUGAAUUUGUUGGCAAACCAAAAGAUGAUUACAAACCUGGCAGGCCAGAGAAAUCGGAGAUCGUCGUGCACCGUGACAAUUUGAAGAUGGAGGGCGAUAUUCACGUACACAGAUCGAGAGACGAUUACGUUACAACUUCGAGAAUCGAACGAACGGAUGUUAUUCGUAGAGAAGACAAUCUCAAAGUAGAAGGUGAAUUCGUCGAUAUUAAAAGACGAGACGAUUACAGAGUAACGCGUGGUGAACGUAGUGAAAUUAUUAAACACGAAGAUAAUCUUCGUCCGGAAGGUGACUUCGAUCGUCCAGAAAAGACCCUAGUAGGUCCUGCAGAAAGAAGGUCGCCUAUCAAACACCCAGACAAUUUGAAACCAGAAGGUGAUUUUGUUCAAAGACCGAAAGAAUCGUCGCCUGGCAAAGGUGAUCGUGCAGUAAUUAAGAAACCUAAAGACAAUUUGAAACCGGAAGGUGAAUUUGAUAGGCCGGAAAAGACAACGGUUGGACCUGCCGAAAGAAGGACACCAAUAAAACAUCCCGAUAAUCUUCAUCCGGAAGGAGAGUUCAUUGGUAGACCUAGAAAAGAAACUCCAAGUCGUGGGGAUCGUGCCGAUGUGAAGAGACCCAAGGAUAAUCUUCGUCCCGAAGGCGAAUUCGCUAAACGUACGCCGAAAAAAGUGGAACCAGCUGAGAAACGUGGCUUGAUCAAACACGAUGACAAUUUGCACGUCGAGGGAGAAUUUUAUAUUGUUCCGAAGGAUGAUUACAGUCCUCAGAAAGUAGAACGUUCACCGAUGAAAAAGCCUCAAGAUAAUCUCAAACCAGAAGGUGAAAUGCACAUCGUACAAACUUCGAAAGAAGAUUACAAGUAUACGAAUGGUGAAAGAAUUGAAGUACGUCGUCACGAGGAUCAUUUACGUAUGGAAGGUGAAUUGGAUGUCAGACGAUCUCGCGACGAUUACAAAAAGAUUACGAAAGUUGAGCGAGUGGAUGUCAAGAAAAGAGAGGAUCACUUGAAAAUCGAAGGAGAGUUCAUGGAUGUUCGAAGAAAAGAUGAUUACACUUACGUUGUUGGUGAUCGGGUGUCUGUUAAAAGACAACCUGAUCAUUUACGUCCCGAAGGAGACUUUGACAGACCUCAAAAGAGUCCUGUAGGUCCGGCCGAACGAAGAUCACCGAUCAAACAUCCUGACAAUUUGAAACCGGAAGGUGAUUUUGAGCGUAGGACGCCGGAAAAGAUAAAACCAGGUGAAAGACGUUCGCCCAUUCGUCACGUGGACAAUUUGAAACCCGAAGGCGACUUUAUAGGCCGUUCACGCGAGGAUUACACGAUGAAACGCGGGGAAAGAAGCGAGGUGAUCAGAAGGGAAGACAAUUUGAAGAUGUCAGGUGAUUUCCAAGGCACCAGCAUGCAAAAGUCGACUUAUACCGUAGUCCGUGGCGAACGUGCUGAGGUUAAACGUCAUGAGGAUAAUCUUAAAGUCAGUACCGAUAGUAUGGAGACCAAGACAACGAACAAGGACACGUUCACUCCAAUCAAGAAGGAUUUAUCGACCGGUGAUAGACAAAUAAGUCGAAGACGUCAUAUGGAAUCAUCGAUAAGUUUAGGUGACGAUACUAGCACCAUGAUAACAACCAAUCAGAAGAAUUACAACACGUAUACCAAACGUACUGGUAAAGAAGUUGCCGCACACAUCAGUAAUAUUGGAUCGGACACUUGGACUAGUGGCAGUGACGUUAAAAAGACAACAACAUCGGUUCAAUCGGAUCAACGUGUUUCUUCAGCUCAUACUGCACAUCAUCAGACAAUCAUUGACCGUCGUAACGUAUCAGCAAUUAGCAACGAACAACGCCACCAUACUACACAUCAUCAUCACCAACAACAUCAGCAGCAACAACAGCAACACUUGAGCGAACAUCAGCAAAGAAUCUACUCAUCAAACGAACAACAACACUCCAGAUCCCAAAAUGUAGUUCAAUCCCGACGUAUAAUAGAAGACAGAUCGAUGGAUCAUCAAUCAUCUCGUCACGGCCAGAUUGUUAAAGAUAGCAAACAGAUUCAAGAUACGCAAAGACAGAUUCAGGAUAGUAAUAAACGGGAUUACGUUAAUUCGAUGCACGUUGAUAAACGUCAGACCACGAGUGGUCAGACGAGAAAUACUAAGCAACACGAACAACACACGAUUUCUAGCCAAGCCAGAUACAAUGGUAACCAAGCGAGUAGUUCGGAAUUCAAACAAGCAAUCACCGGAUCUUCUGUCAUCGAUAAUACUCAAGAAUCUCAAUCGUCCUAUCACAAGACGUCGCAUCAUAGAAAAAAUAUCAUUUCAUCGUCGUCUACAGAUGUAACAAAUUCUGUCCUCCAUCGUCGCAGUGGCGUGACAACGUCAACCGAAGCACUUCAUACAAUUUCCUCGACUGCUGCCGAUCAGAAAAAGAGUUUAUCGAAUUUAGCAGAGAGUGGACAAUACAUAAGCAACUCGAGUCAAAGCAACGACAGACGCAGUUACACUUCGAUGCACCGUAACAACAAGGAAGCCAAUCCUUGGGCAUCCUCGACUUAUGAGAGACCUCAGAGAAUCGUUAGACAGGAUAAUUUAACUGUCGGUGGUAAAUUUUAUUCUCAAAGCGAGGCCAAAACUUAUGGCAACUUCGCGAGCAAUCAAAAAAUCGAAAGAGUACACAGGCAAGCCAAUGUAUCCCAUAUAAAAUUAGGCGAUGGCACUGCUGUUACAUCGAGCAUGUAUAAAAAAGAAUACUCGCCAAAACACAAGGGUCCCUGUCCUGCAUCCCUCAUUGAAUCCAAACAAACACCCUUUAAACAUACGCGUGACACCCCUAAACACAAAUUUUACAUGCCAGUUGUUUCCAAUUAAACUCUCUCGAGUUUACGACGAAUCUCUCCAGCAUAGUUUUUGAAAAAGAAACUAUGCGUGUUUGGGGUUUUUUCGUCUUUUCUUUUUUUUUUGUUUUGUUUAAAUUACAUUUAAGAUAAUCAUUUUUUACCUAUGACCACGAAUAAUCAACGAAAUAUUUGCAGAAUAUUUAAUCGAAGGUGUGCUCCAAUUAAUCCAUGACAUAUUUUGUACGAAACUAGAUGGGGGCUGAUUCAAAGUGAAAAAUAAUUAUUGAUUGUGAUAAAAACCUAUUUUUUUCUAUUGAACUUUAUCUGUUAUAAUA